CGCAACCCUCUCACGUGUAAAAACAAGUGUGCAUCAAUUGGAAUGCAUACUAUAUAACUUCGUCCGUUGCAAGUUAGAAGCCGUUGCGUUGUGGCAUUCCGAGCGCAGGGCUCGCUGUCUAACUAUAUUAUUAACCCUCGCCUGCGCGCAUGCGCAGCGAGGGUUAUUGCAGUCGGUCUGUCUGUGUGUGUGUGUGUGUGCGUGUGUCCGUCCGUCCGUCCGUCCGUCUGUCCUCCGUUUUUCUCGGUAACCGCGGCAACUCUGAGCGUGAAACGUGGACAUAUUUUCAACUAGGAGGAAUGCAUGGUAAAAUAAGAUUCUGGAGCGGAGAAGCCUGGGGGAAGCUGGUGAAACGGACGGCUGCCGAGGUUUCCAGCAACAGUAUCGAGUAUGACUGACUGGUAGGUCGAUGGUGCUCCCACAGAGAGUGUCCCAGUCUGGCAUGGGAGAUGAUGAGACGUAGAGGAAGGUUUUGACGUAGCUCAUGU